GUGACAUUUAAUCUUUCAAAGCUGUGAGAUGACUUAUAAUAGGAUGAUUUGCAUCUCUCUUUUUUAAUAUGUCAGGGAAGACCUAAGAUCAUUCCUUAUAAUUUUACAGUAAGGGCUUUACAUAAGAGCAGAAAGAGCACACAGUGUUUCUAACAUUUCUCGUACAUCCUUAUCAAAGGGCCUGAUGGUACCAGCCAGUACCACAGGUGCCUGUGCUCCCUGGUGUGGGAACUCACUUUUGUCCUUGCCAAUCACACAUCCCUUUUGUUUCUUCCUAUCACGACGUCUGUCCCUGCAAUGUCUGUCAUCCAUUAGCCUAGGUCAGGGGAGGUACAUGCUUUUAACGGCUGCUAAUGUAAAAUCAUGCAUGUGUUAUGCAGGAGAUCACAGCACCCUUCUGCAGGAACCGGCAUUGCCUCGCUGGUUCGGGAGACAUGCCUCCAGGCCCAUCCACCAUGCCUAGAACGGCCAUCCCAAGAGCACGUCGCUGCAGAAAGAGCUCAUCCCUCAUGCUGGUUUGAAAGAGCCUGCAGGGCUUUAUCAUGUCAACCUGGCUGCAGGCGGCCAUCGCAGGCUACCUGCUGCUGGUUUUGCAGGGGUCCUCCACAGUGGUGGAAAUCACAGAAAGAAGAGUUGCAGCUGAAGGGUCCUCCAUACUGAUGCAUGCGCCGGAUAUCAAGAACGUAAACUUCACCGAGUGGGAAUACAUAAGAAACACCACCCCUGAAUUCAUCCUGCAGUACUAUGCAGAUACCCAGUCUCCAACCAUUUACUCGGCUUACCAAGGCAGAGUGAUUUUCUAUCCGAAGAAUGGCUCGAUUCUCCUGCAGAGGUUACAAGAGACGGACAGCGGCAUCUAUAAAGCAACAGUUGAUCUGAUGCAGGAUAAAGCUAGGACAACCCUCCUUGAAGUUAUCAAGCCCGUGCCCCAGCCUGAGCUCCAGAGCAGUUCGAACCUGGCAGGUUCGCCCAUCAAGCUGGUCUGCGUGGUGCCAGAGGGAACGGUGGCUUCCAUCUCCUGGAAGAAGGAGGGACGUCCCCUUCCCCCCGAAAAGUGCUGUCUGCUCUCUGGAAACGUCACCAUGCUGCAGAUAAGGAACGGAGAGAAGUCGGACUGCGGCUCCUACUCCUGCAACGUCAGCAACGUGAUAAGCUGGAAGGAGGCAGCCCUGAACCUGACAGUGACAGGUCUCACGCCUCCUCUACACCACGUGCAGAGGCUGGUCAUCGUCGCGCUGAUGUUCGUCACCGUUUCCGCCACCGGCUUCAUUAUCCUUCUCUGUCAGCUGAGGGAGCGCAGGUUCGGAGAGGAAGCAUGGAAACAUAUAAUUCUGUCCACCCACGGACUGCUGUGUAUCUCCUCUCUCCUCCUGCUUGCCACCUCCAUCAUCUGGAUGCAGGAAGAAGGUCUUUCCGCUGCCUUCGUCUUGCUUGGGCUGUUCUUCUUUGCUGCGGUGAUAGCAACUGCCCAGGCGGCAGCAGCAGUGGUGUGGAGACCAGCAGCUUUUAGCCGCUUCAAAAUCAAAGCGUGGCACCGUGUCAUCCGGAACUCUACAGCCCCCACAACACUGAUCGUCAACUUGUUGUUCACCACCAUCUUGCUCCACAAUAUCCAGCAGCUCCAUGAGCGAGGCUGCUCGGAGGCCGUUGAUCUGACGACCAGCUGUGUCCUUGCUGCUGUAGCGGUCCUCAUAACGCUGCUGCUCCUCCUCCUCCUAUGGUAUCGCAGAAACAAGCAGAAGGAAAAGAUGAUGGAAAACCAGCACGCCAUCCAGAGCACACAAGUCAUGGCCACCUUGCAGGUGAUGGAAGAAACCCGAGGACAGAAGCAGGAAGGUGAGUAAAGGGUCGUCCCUCCGCCAGCCGUGGAGCUGCGCUCACACACCGCGGGCAGCCGGGGAAGAGCCCCGAAGAGCUGGGAAGCUGCCGUCGGCCGAAGCAAGGCGUCCAUAAGCCGUGCCUCUACCCUAGCACUAGCGAGGCAAGGCUUUUGGCAAAAAUCUUGCCUAAAUGUUGCCACCCAGGUCUCCAAGCAAUAGGUCCAGGUAACAAACCAUACUCCCCCCACCCCACUUUCCCUGCCCUCUGUUUAUAAAACGCAGGCUAAGAGAAAAUACAAGCCAUUGCUCCUGCUAAUGCUGGUCAUCACCCAAGCAGGGGCAGCUUUUCCAUGAGCCAGAAAUUGUAUCAGACUCCAAGCUGGAGGUUAACCAUCCUCACUGACGCUGUCACACCACAUGCCUUCUUUUUGAAUAUGUUAAUGAGUCAACAAAAAAAAGCCCCCAAAAGACAUGUAAAUGUCAAUCAAGGGAAAAAGCUGAUGCUCUGGAGUGCUUCCAGGAAUUUGAUCCAGUUGUCUCAACCGGAACGUAUUGCUGCUAUUAAUUAGUGUAGACGGCUGCAGAAGAGCAGAUUAACUCCCAGCUUUAGCCGCUGGCCUGGUCAGUGUGGCUCCAGUAUAAAAGAUGUGCGUGCCAUGCUGCGCAAGCACAGCCGAGAUGUGCUGCUGCCAGAGCUGCCCUGCCUGUGCUUCUGCUUCUGAAGCUUUAAGCUGACCCUGGUUUGCUUUCAGCGGAGUUCUGCUGGACUCUGCCCACGUGAGGAUUUCAGUGUCGCCACCCGUGUGUGGUGCUGCUUUCUGCGCUGCUUCUUCCUCCUGCCUUUAUAAGUCCCUUUUUAAGGUGCAGUGAGUCGGGCUGGUGGUUCUCAGGGGUGGCAGCUCUGCUCAGCUCUGCAAUCACACCUUCCCCUCUAGGAUCACAGCAUCAUUA